GUUGAGAAGCUCAGAGCUGAAGCUGGAGAUCAGUCUGCGCAACAGAAGAAACGUUUGCGAGACAGAGCAGCAGAUGCUAAAAGAAUUCAGGAUCUUGAGCGACAAAUCAGAGAAAUGGAAGGAAUUCUAAAAAGAAGGUAUCCAAAUUCUUUGCCUGCUUUGAUUUAUGCUGCUGCUGCUGCUGAGAAAACUAAUGAUCUUUCAGCCAAAACAAACACAGUUGAUUUUUUGGAGAGAAGAAUAAAAAAGUUAGAAACGGAACUUGAAGGUAAAGAUGAUGAAGCAAAAAGAAGUCUCCGUGCCAUGGAACAACAAUUUCAAAAAAUAAAGAUACAGUAUGAGCAAAGACUUGUAGAGCUUGAGCAACUACUUGCCUACAAAUUUGUGAGUGAAUCAUCAAAACUGAAUGGUGAUAAAGCCAGUUCUACAGAACUUGAACAGGAGCUUCAAAAUCUAAAGAAGACCCAUCAGAUCACUGUUAAAAACCUCCAGACACAAAUUGAAAACCUUAAAAGUCAAAAUUCCCAAUUAAAACUCAGAAGUAAAAAGGAUAAUAAAGACUUAGAGUCCACAGACGCUCAAAUGAAACUAGGUAACACAAAGGACAGACUGUUAAAACUAAAUGAAGAACUGGUCACCAAAAACAGAGAAAUACAAGACCUUACAAAAACUGUAGAGAAACUUCAAAAAGAAAGGAUGGUGAUGUUGUCUGAUAAUAAUUUGAGAAAUAAAAGGGAUAAUAAAGAAAACUCUACAGAGGUCCUGAAAAAGAAUACCUCAGCAACAGAUAAAAGGAAUUCCAGCAACAGUGAACCCUUUCUAAGCAUUUUCAACAAUGACAAAAUAUACCAACCUCAUACCUUUUCUGAUUGUAAUCUCUCGGAAGUUCUGCAAGAAAAUGCACAGCUGAAAGAGGAGCUAGAAAGAUUGUCUCUAGAAAUGAACCAGCAGAGGGUGAAGUCUCAAGCAACGCUGGCUUAUUCUGAAAAUAACAUACGAAGGAUACAGGAAGACACAGCAGAAUACAUUGCAACUCUGAAAGCUUCCCAUCAGAGGGAAGUGGAGAAGAUUCUGUGCCAGCAUGCAAAGGAGCAUUCUGCUUCUAAAGUAGCUGAACUAAGCAGCAGAAUCUCAACACAAGAGAUAUUAAUAAAACAUCUCCAAGAACAAAUUGGUGAACAGCAGAGACAUCAGGAAGCCCUUUUAGUUUCACAGAUGCGAGAGGAACUCCUACAAAAAGAGGUGACGAAAUUGUUGGAAGAACUGAAAGAGGCUAAGGAGAGCCAGAGUCCUGAAAUGAAACACUUCUUGUGCCUGGAAAAGAAAAUCAAGCAUAUAGAGACCAGACAUGCAGAAAGAGAGCAAGAAAUUCAAAAGGCAGCCCAACGAACACAACAUCUUACUGAGGCAAGGCAAACCCAUGAGGUUGAGAAGUGGCGAAGACUGGCGCAACGGAAGAAUCAAGAACUGGAGAAAUUUCGAGUGGAAUUGGAUUCAAUAUUAGAUGUUUUACGUGAACUACAGAAACAAGGGGUUGUUAUUCCUGCAUCUAAUUCCAGUGGAUUCAGCAUGACAGACAGCUGUUGGAAGACAUGAUUAGGUAGGCGUUGAUUAGAGAAGCAGAAUUUU